AAUAGAAUAGAAUAGAAUAGAAUUUUAUUGGCCAAGUGUGAUUGGACAAGCUGGAUCAGAAUGGAAGAAGAUUUAAACAAAAAAAAGUAUAUAAUACCAAAGCAGAAUAAUAAACUGAGACUAGAAAUAUGACAGAGAUGGUGAGACGAGAUGGGGGGGGAAGGCACCUGCCACUCCCCUAGUGCACAGAUCCAGGAAGGAAGAGCGCCCGGGAGAAAGCAGAGGAGCACACCCAGAGAGAGCCUGGCAUGAGCUCUGAGGUGUUUUUUUUUAAGCAAAAUGAAAAAUAUUUGGUACCUCUGGAUCUCCAGCAUCCUCUUGCCAUGGUCUGUGAUAUCUGGACAUCCUUGUAACAUUGAUAAAAUGGGACAGGCUGUCUGCAGUGGAAAAAGCCUCCUCCAUCCACCCAAUUUUCUUCCCAGACAUAUUACCAUUCUAGAUCUAUCUUUGAAUUCUCUGACGAUGCCCAAGCACGGACCUUUUCUGAGCAGCUUCCCUUCCUUACAUUCCCUAAAUCUUUCCAGCAAUAGCAUUCCUACCCUUUCUUCCUCUCUGUUCUGUAACCUUGGUGCUCUUCGGCUUUUGGAUCUAAGCAGCUGUGACAUUUCUUAUGUGCACCGAAUGAGCUUCCGAGGUUUGAAAAGCCUUCAGGCUCUACAUUUGAACAACAACAAACUUCAGUCUCUGGACCUCUCCAUUUUUCCUGCCUCUGGAAUCCUUGUUCAUCUAGAUCUGCAAAACAAUGAACUGCCCUGCGGACAUGAGCUUGUGCAGUUAAAUGUGCAAAGAAUCCGCCAUAUCAAACUUCAGGGGAACCCUUCAGUGUGCAGUGAUUCCCUAACUCCUAUCCAACAAGCAGUGCUGGAAAAAGAAGAACUCCAGACUCAAGAAAUCAGAACUUCAGAUUAUGAGACUGUGAGCCACAGAAGAAAACUUCAGUUCCUUCAUAUUGUAGCUACGAAGACGCCAUCACCAUUAGAAAAUACUACAGCAGCUAUUACUACACCUUCUACUGUAACAGCUAGGAAAAACUGGAUCUACUUUGCUGGUUUUGUGCUUUUGGCUAUCACCAUCUCUCUCCUGAUUGCAUUGAUUGUCAAAUGCAAAUUGCUGCAGAAAAAGCAUGCCAGCUAUCAUCAUCAACGGUUGCCCGAUUCUCGCUCCAUUGGAAGCAGCCAUAUUGAAGAAGGGGACAUGGACAUGACGUAUGGGAGGAACCAACCAAUAAGUGGAGCUUCUGAGUGCUAUCCAGAGGAUGAUGAUGGUUUCAUAGAAGAUAACUAUAUUGUGCCCAAUCAAGACUUGAAGGAGGAAGAGGAGGAUCUGGAGUUGGAACCUCAUUUCAAAGUUGGAAGAUCCUUUUAGGAACAGAAUUCAGUUUGUUAUGUGCUCCAGUUUGUGCAUAGAGCCUAUUUCAUUUUAGAGGUUCCUAAUACUUUCAUAAUAGUAGGAAACUGAUAAUGAGCCCAAAGGCAAAUUUGACUCUGGGCAAAGAGGUCAGCUGCAUGCCUGCAGUGGUUAGAGCUUAGUAUGUUUUCCUGAAUAUUAGUCCAGUGGAAGUCUGAGUUCUCUCUUACACACUCAACCCGUUCUCUUGCUUGUGCACAUACACCCAGACAGAGACAUAUGUAGUUCAUUUUUUGUACUUGCUUUUCUUGUAUACAUACAUCAACCACAAUUUUUUAGAGCUUACUUUAGAACUGGUGGAGAUUUUGAAAGAGUCUGGAGCAUAGGAAAUAAUUUUUCAAAUGAACUGCAGCAUUUGGCAGGAGCAGUUUGUCCUUCAUGACCUUGCCCUAAAACCCCACAUGUGCCUUGAUAUCAACUGAUUGUUUUUUAAAAGCUUGAUUGCCAUGUGGGUUAGGGAAAAACUAUUUCAAAGCAGCUGGUGGGAAGGACUUUGCCCCUGGGCCGCAUUAACCAUCUUCCAUAAAUGCUAUGCAUCUCAUUGAAGAAGUUUCCCCAACCUUAUCACAGCUAGUGAGUGCUACCUGUGGGUGUGGGAAGCUUAAAUGAUUGCCACAAAAUGAUACAAACAAAAACCAAGAGAUCUAAACUGAUGUUAUAAUAAUAGUUUGAGAUUCUCCUUUUUCCUGAAAACUCACUGAUUUACUAAAAGGAAUUUGGAGCAAGUGCUUCAUUGCUGUUACUAACCUUUCUUUAUUACAGUAGUUAUUUAUAGCAUAAUUGUGACAUCCUGACAACUGUAGUUUUACUUUUUGCCCCUCUGACGCUGGCCUUGCUUUAUAUUAAGGACAAUAAUUAUACUAUCUGUCCUGGUCAGUGGUGGGAUUCAGCUGGUUCUCUCCAGAUUGCGUGAACCAGUAGCGGUAUUGCGGGAGGCUCCGCCCACCCACCUGGUUGUAAUACGCGACUACUGCACAUGUGCAGAGUGGCACAUACAUUCACAUUUGCGAACCAGUAGGUAAGUGAAUCCCACCUCUGGUCCUGGUGUUGGCUAUAUAGGGAGUCCUUAACUUACAACUAUUCAUUUAGUGAACAUUCAAAGUUACAAUGGCACUGAACAAAAAUGACUUACAUUUUUCCCAUUUAUGACUGUCACAGCAUCCCCACAAUCAUACAAUCAAAAUUCAGGUGCUUGGCAAUCGGUACAUAUUUAUAAUGGUGGCAGCAUCCCAGGGUCAUGUGAUCUCCAUUAGCAACCUUUCCCAGCCAGUUUUUUCCAAGUAAAGUCAAUGGGAGAAGCCAGAUUCGCUUAAUGACAGCAUGUUUCACUUAAUUGCACUGAUUUGUUUAAGGACCAUGGCAAGCAAGGUUCUAAAAUUGGGUGUGACUCAUCUAACAAUUGCCUUUCUUGGAAAUUCUGGCUUCAAUUGUGGUCGUAAGUCGAGGACUACUUGCACCACAAAAUAUCCACCAAUUGCAAAAAACCAAGGAGAGUUAGGAUUCUCAUGCCAGCAUCAUUCAAAUGCUGUGCUAUGAUAACAAUUACUACUACAAUAACCCAGCAGUGAAAUCUAAAAACUUUCACUACCGGUUCUGUGGCCGUGGCUUGGUGGUCAUGGUUUGAUGGUCAUGUGACCAGGUGGGUGUGGCCAACUUGACAUCACUCACUGUUAGAGCCAGGAGCUGCACAUUCUGAAGCACAUUCUCUGGAAGGGCAGGCGGGUCGCGGACAUUCAAGUGCUGCUGCACAUGUCCGUGGCCCCCCUGCCUUCCCAGAGUACCACCAAGCAGCCGCCUUUUGCUUUCUUCCUUCUCCCGCCAUGAAAUGAAGGAAAACGGUGGCGGGGUUGCUUCGGGAGGUUGCUUCAGGCAGGCGGACAUCUGCAGUCAGGCGGUGAGGGAGGGUGGCAAGAGCAGCGAUGGUGGCCCUUUCCACACGCAGCACACAGAGGUGGCGAAGGCGGGCAAGGCAGCUCCGAUGAGCCUGUUGCUGUGGAGGCACGGCGAUCCACAGGGGGCAUUGGCAUGGCUGCAUAUCCUCUCCGCCUGCGCCAUGUUCUGCUCCAGCCAGCUGCACGACUACAAGUGUGGCAACCUGCUCUUUGGGAAGAUGAAGGGCUACCUGCAGUGGCCCGCCCAGGUAAGCACCACCACCCAGGCCGAAAGAAAGUGUUGUGGGCUCCGCAGUAGCAUGGCUGGGCCUGGCCCAGCCCGCGCGGUGGGCUGCUGCCCCGCUGGCAGCUUCAGCCCCUCUUGCUACGCUUCUCCACUGCCAAGAAGCGGCACCGCGGCUGAGCCUCCUUCCCCUGGAGCGCGGGACUCCGUGGGCCAAGUUCCUGGAGAUGCGCCAGCAGGUAGAUGGCCAGGUGCGAAUCCAGUGGGCUGCCUUGGAGCCCAAAGCCCCACAGAGCCGGCAUGGGAAGAAGACAGCCUUUUCUGCAGCAUCUCCCUCCCCUCUUUGGAUCACCCUGCAAGGGGGGGGGCUCUGCCUUUGCAGAAAUGGGGCAGGCACAUGUGCAGCAACCCAGGGAUGUCUACUUGCCAACCCAGAGCACCACCGCCACUCCUCUCAGCCCCAGCUCAGCAUCUGAAUUUCUACCAAGGGCCAACUGCUCACCCACUGACUGGGAUGGACCUCGGAAGGCAAACAGGGGCAGCAUGGAAGGCAGGCAAGCAUGGCAGGCUCCCUUCCCUGCAGAUCCCUUCCCCACAGCCCUGCCAUGCUUGCAUGCCUUCCAUGUGGCCUUCCACUUGCCUGCCUUCGCAAGCUGCCAGGAAGGCAGGGAAGGCAUGGUAGGACUGCGGGCCGUGGACUGGUUCAGAGGCGUGGCCAGCCAGUGAUUGCUACCGGUUCAGCGAAACCAGCCCCAAUCUCCACUACUCGUUCUCCCGAACUGGUCCGAACCGGUAGCAUUUCACCUCUGCAAUAACCUCAGUGUUAUUGCUUGACAGUAUACAAAAACAAGCAAAAUUUCCCUGGUUUCCACUGUUGGUCACAUGUUAGAAUACUGUAGUAGACAUUAAACAACAAAGAGAAUGAUGCAAGUACAAUAAGAAGAAAGUAUCUAAUGCUCUAAAAUCACCAGGUUUGUCUUCUGACAGCCAUAGUCUGUGGAUUGAGAUGGAGAUGUGUUUUUUAGUCUUUUUUUCUAAUCAUAUUGCAAAGUGAUAGUAACCAGUAGAUUUGCUUGGUAUGUAAAGAUUGCGUGGGAAUUCUGCAACAUUCACUGUACAUUCGCUUCUCAUUGUGUAUGCAAUAUUUAUGACUGAGUAAAUUUUCCCAUGCAUGGUUGGUAAGAUCUAAUUAAGCAUCAUCAAUUUCUGUAUGAUGAAAAAUCUGAUAUAAUGGAUUUGUAAAAAAUU